AUGUAUGUAACGGUAGGAAAUAACGAUAUUUUAGUAUCUAUUAAUGAUUUUGUGAAUAAAAAUUCUACAACUUAUCAAUUAACUGAUAUUAACAAUGAAAUGAGAAUAAGUGAAAUUAUAAAUAAAAUAAAAGCAAAAAAAAAUUAUACACAUGAUGCAUCUUCAUUAGUAUUAUAUUUUGCGAGAGUUGAAUGUAAAAUGAAUGAAAAAUUAUCAACAUAUAAUAAGUCAAAUAGAAAAAGUAUUAAAUUAGAGUUAUAUUUAUCAUCAUUAAUUACAAUUAAUGUAAGAACAUUGCAAUCAUGCGGUUCUGGUACUAGUAGAUGCAUUCCAUUAUGGUCACUUUGUUGUAGACAAACGAUAAAAGUAAAAAUUCUCGACACAUGUGAAGUUAGAGCUCUCAAACAAAAAAUAUAUAACAUGACAGAUGAGUCGUCUUCUAUAUCAGUUGAUAAUAUUGUAUUACUUUAUAAAGGUGCACCACUUAACAAUUUUUUAACACUUAAAGAAUCAGAACUCGUUAAUAAUUGUAGAGUUGAUUAUUUUGUUCCAUUAUGUUAUAUUUACAAAGAAAACAAGGAAAAUAAAGAAAACGAAGAAAACGAAAAAAAAGAAGAAAAAGAAGAAAACAAAGAAAAAGAAGAAAUUGAAGAUAAAGGAGAAAACAAUGAUGAGGUUGCGAAUAAAAAUGAAAAUUAA